AUGCUUAUUGUAGCUGAGGGGAUGGACGGAGCAGCUGGUGAUCCAAGAGGAAAACGAAAGGCGACAACGCCGACGACGGCGAGGCAGGGCGACCGAGAUCAUGACUGGGACGAGGAGGAAGAGAUGAAGCAGUUCUACGCUUUGAUCGGCAAGAUCAGAGAGAUUAAGGAAUCGCUCUCGAGAUCGACGACCACGGCGCCCAAGCGUUCUAAAGCAGCGCCGACGCUAUGGAUGCCGGCGUUUAAGAUGGAGGACUUUCAACAUCGCGGUGAGGCGGAGAGGUCGACGGCGGCAGCGGAAGAAGAGGAGGAGAAGACGAGGAAGGAGGAACAUAGUAGCUUGGAUCUCAAUCUCUCCCUCUAA